GUUCGUUUGGGGCUGGCUUGGCUGAGCUUCUUGCCGCUUGCAUUCGCGACUUCCCUCACUCUUCUUGUUGUUGCUUGUGGCAUGGAGGACUCUCGUCGCUCCACGAAUGAUCUCGGGGCAUCGUUUUCUCGAGGCUCUAUUGCGUUCACCCGCGACGACCGCAGCGCUCGGUUCGAAGUGGAUGUCGUCCAGCCAGACCACCAAGUCGUUCUAGCGCCCUUACGUAUUGGCGAAGAAGGUGAUGACCACGUGUACAUCACCGCGUCCACAGAGAACUCCAACAGCUACCACUCCAGUUCCCACGACAACCCUCCUAGCUCAUCCUUGUCGUCCCGACCCACCGGGAUCAACACACAGUACUCGGCGCACCCGACCGUGUUUGAACGUCCGACAGACGUCGACGCCACGUCCGACUACAGACUGUACGAUCUACCGUCCCGUGGGGUGCAGCCCAUUACCAUCACAUACGUGGAAGAGACUUCGCGGUCUGAGUCGCCCAAGGACUACAAGGGCCGCCUUCGUGUGUGGCCAGGUCUGAUGCUUCUCUUGUCCAUCUUUACCCUUAGCUCCGUCGCCAUUGCAUUCGGCGCCAAGAAGUCCUACGACAGUUCAAAAUCCCGCAUGAUAUCCGUCCAAGCCGCCGCCGCCAAGCGCCGUGCGAUCCAAGAUGGUCUGGGCGACGACAUCUCCGAGGUGGCGGACGACGGCGUGGUCAACAACCCCCGCACGUACACCACGAAGAGUUGCUCUUUGCCCAACUACCAGAGCAAGAACGGGCAGAUCGUGGCCGUGUCUCCCAACGGCACCGAAGUCGCCGUGGGGAUCAAGGGCGUCAACUGGUUUGGCAUGGAAACCCUCAACGCCGUGCCAUUUGGGCUGUGGCAAAACGACCAGAACGGCACCACCGUGUUUGACAUUGCAUCGUUCCUCCAACGCAACGGGUUUAACAGCGUCCGGUUACCUGUAUCCGUGGGCCACCUCCUCGACGACACGCCCCCCGCCGUCGGCCUCGUCAACCGCCAGGCCAACCGCGCCAUGAACCUCAAGAGCUACAUGACCACGAUCCAGUCCAUCGUUCAGGCGAUGGGGUACCGCCAGAUCACGGUACUCAUCAGCAUGCACACACUCCUCCCCAACGACAACUCGGGGGGGCUCUGGUACGACAAAAACAUCCCCGAAGCGCUCGUGCUCAAGUCGUUCGACUUGCUCGCCAAGGGACUGUGCUCGGACACGUACUGGAAUGUCAUUGGCAUCGAUCUCAAAAACGAACCCCAUCUGGCCACAUGGGGCGACGGCAUCCCCGCCACGGACUGGGCGCUAGGGGCCGCCAAGCUGGGUAACCACAUGCUAUCCGUGUGUCCGCAGUGGGUCGGGUUCGUCGAAGGCAUCAACGGCGGGCCCCAGACCGGCAUCAUUGACGGUAAGUCGUGGGUGUACUACAACUGGUGGGGCGGGGGGCUCCAGGGCGCCGCCACCAAAGCCGUCGAGUUCAACGUCCCCCACAAACUCGUGUACUCGCCACACUAUUACACGGUAUGUAUAUUUCGUUAUCGAGAGAGACCCCACCUCGCCGCGUAGACGGCCGUGUCACCGCAAGACUACUUUUACGAUGGCAAAUGGCAACUCAUGGUGGAGCUAUCGGACGACAGGCUUCGUACCCGUGUGGCAGAUUCCAUGUACGCCAUGUUUGGGUUCUUGGCCGGCAACGACGCGGCGAUGGUCAUGGGCGAGUUUGGCGGGCUCUACACAAACGACAAGCACCCGCUGCUCACGACCCGGCGCACGACCGACUUUGUGGUCGAGUCGUUGGUCAAAGCCAAGUACGCCGGCGCGUACAUGUGGUCUCUCAACCCCGAGAGCGCGUACCAGUUUAACCCCAUCACCCCCGGGUCGUACACGGAGGGGCUAUUGCUCGACGACUGGCUCACCCCAAACAAACCGUUCUUAAAGGGCAUGGAAGGGCUCAACAUGCUGCCCAACUUGCGCCUCUUUCCGUGCUUUCUGGACAAGAAACCAUGAUAUACGACUGUAUUCUUGGUUGUAUCAAUAACAAGCAAGGGGCUAUAGCUACGACAGUACUACUCUCUGAUCCGUAAUCUUAGUCCAA